AUGCGAUCAGAUGAGGAAGAAGACGACGACGUUUCUCUCGUUUCGCGUUCUCCUUCUCCUCAGAGGGAGAAAGAGGUUACGCUGACGACGUACGACGAUGAGGGGUAUGGGUAUGAGCGAGUGACGGUUAAUACCCCUCUCGGAGCUGGGAAUAAGGGUCAUGCGCUGUUACUCAAGAUGGGGUGGAAAGCUGGCGAAGGCUUGGGUCCAUCCGGCGAAGGAAGGAAAGAACCGGUGCCGUUUGUCAUGAAAUCUGAUUCUCUUGGACUGGGAAAGCUCAGUCAGGAACUGCGGAUUGCUCAGACUGUCGUGGAGCGGCGACGGGAGAUGGAAAGCGAGCGCAUGAUCCGGGAAACUCUUGCUGAGAAACAUGCUCGGGAGGAUAUGGUCGCGCGACAACAGGCCGUGCAGGAGGAAGUGAAGCACCAGAUCAGGCUGUUCUUUUGCGAGCUGUGCUCGAAGCAGUACGCAAAUGUUGCACAAUACGACGAGCACUUGCGCAGUUAUUCGCAUACGCAUAAGCAGAGGAUGAAGGAGGUGAUGGAACAGCAGCGCCGUGCCGGCUCUGCGGACACAGAUGCUCGCAGAGAAAAGGAACGGAGAAGAGAGGAAAAAGAGCUGAAGAAAAUGGCAGCCGCAGCAGGGAUCAAGCUCCCUUCUUCCGCACCAAAACAUAGUUCAUCACCAGCCACUAGCGCCACGCCAGCUUCCGUCCCAGAUCCAGGAGCACCUGAGGUGGAACAACGAAAAGGAUGGAAAACAUUCGCGGCCACCGUUACGGCGCCCGCACCGGGUCCGCCUUCGGGGUUCAAGAAGUCCGGCUGGGCAGCUGUGGGCUCUUCCAGUACUAGCACUAGCGCGGCUGGUACUGGUGCUGUUCGUGGUGAUACUGUUUCCUCGUCCGUUGGGUUUAACCCUUCUGGACCGGCACCGUUAGGAUCAGCAGGGUUGGGAGGGUUCAAAAGAGGAGGAUAUACGACUCUUGACACUUCUGACACUUCCCAGACUCUGAAUGCUCGUGCUACUCAAGGUUCGGACCAUGGCAUCGAGAGACCCGGCUGGAUGAAUGUGCCUGAACGGGGUAUGUCAUCCUCCGCCCUGCCGCCAGGAUAUGCUCCCCCUCCUCCACCGCCGCCGCCGCCACCGACUUCCGAAUACGUCCCCCCACCGCCUAGUGGAUCUCCCCCACCACCCCCACCGCCUCCAUCCACCCACCCCCCUCCACCACCGACCUCAUUCCUCCCGCCGCUCCCCCCACCCCCAGGUGGGCGGCCUCCAUCUCCGCCUCCGCUUUCGAGGGUCGCCCGGACUGAUACCCUAAGCGUGCCCCCUCCGCAUGUAAUAUCCAAUACUUCUGGGCCAUUAGCUGGGUACCGUUCGGGCCCUUAUGAAGAACAAUACCGCUCGGGGAUUAACCAGAUGCAUUCCCCGAACGCGUUCGAAACGGAUCGGAGAGGUGGGGAGGCUUAUGGAGAAGAACGUUAUAACGAACGUAAUGGACGGCGCGGACAGGACUAUGGAUACUGGGACCAAAGAUAUGGGCAUGCUAGUGAUCAUGAUGAGCGACAGUGGCAUGAGCGCGACCGAUGGGAUCGGCCUGACGACGCGCGUCGGAAAUACGAUGAUAGACGGAACUGGGAUGGGAGGAGUCAUAUAGGGAAGAGAUAUUCAUGA